CAACCCUGCAUAAUUUCUUAUUCACCAAAAAUUACGAAAAUAAAAUGAACAGAGUCGACGAAUGCAACCGUUCUGUUUUUCUGUUUCAACCGUUUCAUCAACAAUGGCUGCAGCUGACGUUGAAAUUUCAAAAAACGAUCAAUCGUUGCGGAGCAUGAAACUAUCGGGCCAUGUUGGCUUCGAUAGUUUGCCGAAUCAACUAGUGAACAAGAGUGUUCAAAACGGAUUCGUGUUCAACAUAAUGUGUAUCGGCGAAACUGGUCUUGGCAAAAGCACUCUGAUGGAUACGUUAUUCAAUACAAGCUUUGAGUCUCAGCCCAGUCCGCAUACACUGCCCAAUGUUAAGCUCAAAUCGCACACGUAUCAGUUGCAAGAGAAAAGUGUCCGUUUGAAGUUGACCAUUUGCGAUACGGUUGGAUACGGCGACCAAAUCAACAAGGACGAUUCGUUUAAGGCGGUUGUCGAUUACAUCGACUCGCAGUUCGAAUCGUAUUUGCAGGAAGAAUUGAAAAUUAAACGGUCGUUGUCAACGUGCCACGAUAGUCGCAUUCAUAUCUGUCUGUACUUUAUAUGUCCAACAGGUCAUGGACUCAAAUCGUUGGACUUGGUUUGUAUGAAGAAACUGGACACCAAAGUUAACAUAAUUCCAAUCAUUGCUAAGGCGGAUACAAUUUCCAAGACGGAACUGCAACGAUUCAAGGCCAAAAUUAAUCAAGAACUGUCGACCAAUGGCGUACAGAUCUAUCAAUUUCCCACCGAUGAUGAAACCGUCGCCGAAGUCAACGUUUCUAUGAACACCCACGUUCCGUUUGCUGUCGUCGGAUCUACCGAGUUCGUUCGUCUUGGUAACAAAACCGUUCGUGCUCGACAAUAUCCAUGGGGAACGGUACAAGUCGACAACGAAGCUCAUUGCGACUUCGUGAAACUGCGGGAAAUGUUGAUUCGCACCAAUAUGGAAGACAUGCGUGAAAAGACACACACCCGUCAUUAUGAACUGUACCGUCAGAAGCGACUUGAACAAAUGGGCUUUACCGAUGUUGAUAGCGACAACAAACCCGUUUCAUUCCAACAAACAUUCGAGGCCAAACGAUCCAAUCAUAUGGCUGAACUACAAGGGAAAGAGGACGAGAUGCGACAAAUGUUUGUGUUGCGUGUCAAGGAAAAGGAAGCCGAACUCAAGGAGAAUGAGAAAGAGCUCCACGCCAAAUUCGAUAAGCUCAAAAAAGACCAUGCCGAAGACAAACGAAAACUGGAGGAAUCGCGCAAGAAAUUGGAAGAGGAUUUCGUUGAAUUCAGUCGACGCAAAGCACAAAUGACGGCGUCACAUCACACUCUAACGUUAGGAAAGAAGAACAAGAAAUAGACGAAAAUGUUGAUUGAGCGCAAAUGAGAAGGAGAAACAAAAAAAAAACUUAGAAAUUCAAAUCUCUCGAUCACUGGCUUUUUCAGCAUCAACCGACCACCGGUUCAUUUGUUUGCAUUUCCAAUAUAUUGAUCAAACGCAAUAAGUUGUCUGUCAUGUGCAUAUUAGUGUCACUGGAUUGAUUUUCGUUUUAAAACAAACAUUUUAGUUGUAAGAGAACUAACAUACAAAUUAGAGUGCGACCUACUACACAAAAUCUAUUUUUUAAAACAAUUUUUUUUUCUUUUUUUAAGAAUUUUAUUCAAGUAUUAAAGAGUUCUUUUUACCUAUA